AUGCUGUUCAAAUAUCUUGUUCAUCAGCUUUCUUUGCUCUUUCUCUGCUUGUUUCCAGUCUUUGCGGCUCCGGUCAUUGAGCCUACAGACGAAACAGGGCUGGUUGCACGCACUGGCAAUACUGCCCCUGGUGGAUCGAAAGGCAAUCCCAAAGCUGCAACAUUUGACAUCACAGGAUGGGAAGACAUCGCGGAAGAGGACUGCUAUGUAAUGCUUUGUUUAAAAGAUGGAGAAAGAACUUGGCAGAGAAACCCUACAACUGGUUUGAGGGAAACCCAUUACGCGAGUUCCGGGGCAAGAGCGAAGCCUUUUAGAAAGGACAACGUCCCCAAGCGUCAUACUGGGCAGAUCAAUUCCCAGCCUGGGUCGUCAGAGACCAAUAGUGCGGAAGAGUUUCCCUGGGAGAGCACGGUCCAAGGGGGCUCCAACGCCCUGUUGCUUCCAGCCACUAGGGCACAACAACAGAGGCAAGCAGGCGCUAUUACCGCAGGCUUUCGCCGAAGUGAUAUUACUUUGGGAGAAUGGUUCAGAAUCACCUUCUCAGGCAAUCUCGGCGAAAUUUGCCGGGCGCUACACCAAGAGCCUCCUGACGACAGUAUUUGCAAGAAACCUACUGUGACGGUAUUUGGCAAGAAAGUAAACCUCAAUGACUGGGUUUGGACGAUGGCCAAGGUGGGAGGUAGCCUUGCAUAUUACCAUGCAGCUGGUAGCUCUAAGGGCAAGAUUGGAAAGCGUAUGGACUCAAUCGAGAUGCGUUUCCUUCAUUCUAAGGAGGGCAACCUCAACGAGGGCCGCGCUGAAACUUUGAUCAUGCUACACAUCUCGUUGGUGUAUAUGUAUAGCUUCUCGUCACCUUAUAGCAACAUAUGA